GGCUCAUAGCAGAGGAGCCUGACGUGGGGCUCGAUCCCAGAACGCCGGGAUCACGCCCUGAGCUGAAGGCAGACGCUUAACCGCUGUGCCACCCAGGCGCCCCUGAUGUGUCCAGUUUCUGUAUGUAAAAAUUACUGGCUCAAGGUUAAUAUUGUAGUUUGAGAGGAGACUGACCAGCCCAGGGAGAGCCUCAGAGGAUGCCCUAUGUUGUCCACUCACCACCUUGGUGUCAUCACCGCAGUCCAGUUCAGAAACUCAACUCUGUUAGUGCUUCUGGAUGCAUCUGUCUUCCAGGCAUCAGAUGCUAUUAACAAAAGUCCAAAAGACCGUCUCCUUAAACAACAUGCGAGUUUAUUAGAUUCUAGGAGGAGCUAGUCCUUCCCAGUAGUUAGAAUGCUAAAAGAGAGACGUGUUUUCCUGCUCCAGGAUGAUCAGAUAGCCUGCAGGUGGAGUGGGAGAAGGACCCAAGAGUCAGUAAUUUUCCUCUACGCUUGCUGUUCCCUGGUCUCCAAUGUGUGUCAUUCACUGUACACCCACAGAGCUCCAGCUUUUGGGUAGCUUCUCUUAUUCACCCUCCUCUGUGUCCCCAGGGCAUUUGUAAAUCCUUCCUUUAGAGCGUCUCACUUUGUACUUGAAUUUACUUCCAUGCUUGUCUCCUGGCUAAGUUGGGGACUCUAAAAUCCUGGAGGCAGUUAGUAUGUAGAACUGAACUGUUUCACCUUUGUUUCCAAUUCUGAAGAACUGAAUGAUGCACGAGGCAGUCCUGUGGACUCUGUCACUGCCUUUGUCCUUCCCCACUCUCCUGGCCUUGCAGCUCCAUCCAAGCAUUGCUUCCUGUUAAUGUGCUCGGCUUGAUUUUGCCUGGGGUUAAACUCUUGAUGACACCAUGUGUCCGCAUUUGGAGCCAGGAGUUCCAGGCCUGGAUUCAGAGUCUCCCGUACAAGUUUCCCUGGGCAGGCCAUUUUUAAGCUCUCCAAGUGUCCCCAUUUCUUCCUUGUGACAUGGGGAUGGGAGCACCAGCCUGUGAUUGACCGGGUUAAGAUCACACGAGAUUAUAGGCCGUGCUAAAACAUUUUUUAAAAUGUGAGGCUCUCUCCCGUUGUGAGUGGUUGUUUUUAUUGUGGGUGUGGAUGGGUUGGGUAGGGAAGGUGUAUCAGGGUUUCCAGCAUGAAAACAAGUGUGCUUGUAUCUGCCGCUUAGACUAAUCACUAGAGCGUGAGAUCUUUACUCGCAGGGAGUUGGCAACAGCCAACUCAGACCAGAACUGGAGUGUUUGCUUUAGGGUUACUCUUUCGUCUGGAUGUUUCUUAUGGACUGUAGAAACAUUGCUUGCAACUUAUGUGAAGUUUCUGAAGUUUCUCUCUGGCCUCUCAAGACUGUUCAUUAGAUUCUGAAAGUAGACGCACAAAAGCACUGGUUUCUGUUCUGUGAAUUAACGUAGUCUUUCCAUCCAACUUUUCCCUUACUUUGCCUAAUCAUACAGUAUGGGGUUUUUUUUUUUUUUUUUAAAGACAACAAUUUCAACUUUUCUGUCCUAUAAUCCUUGCAGAUUUCGGGGGCCGAGUGAUAUCUUUCAGACUUCCAACUGGAAACAGCAGAGAAAUCCAGUGUCAGAUCGCAUGUGCCCCACUUUCUGGUUCAGAUCAUGUCACGUAUUGGUGGACUCUCAGCCAUCGCAAGCCCAGGAUGUGUCUGUUGUCUUAACGUAGAAAUGUUCCCUGGUAUAUUUUACUUAAUUUGUGUUCUCUCCAUUUUCUUUUAACAGAUAUGGAGGCUAAUCACCAAUUUCUUAUUUUUUGGUCCAGUGGGAUUCAAUUUUUUAUUUAACAUGAUUUUUCUAUAUCGCUACUGUCGAAUGCUAGAAGAAGGCUCUUUCCGAGGCCGGACAGCAGACUUUGUAUUUAUGUUCCUUUUUGGUGGAUUCUUAAUGACCCUUUUCGGUUUGUUUGUGAGCUUAGUUUUCCUGGGCCAGGCCUUCACGAUAAUGCUCGUGUACGUGUGGAGCCGGAGGAACCCGUACGUCCGCAUGAACUUCUUCGGCCUUCUCAACUUCCAGGCCCCCUUUCUGCCCUGGGUGCUCAUGGGCUUUUCCCUGUUGCUGGGGAACUCGAUCAUUGUGGACCUCUUGGGCAUCGCAGUUGGACACAUAUAUUUUUUCUUGGAAGACGUAUUUCCCAAUCAGCCUGGUGGAAUCAGAAUUCUGAAAACACCGUCUAUUUUGAAGGCUAUUUUUGACACACCAGAUGAAGAUCCAAAUUACAACCCACUACCUGAAGAGCGGCCGGGAGGCUUCGCCUGGGGUGAGGGCCAGCGCCUCGGCGGUUAAGGCAGCGGGUGCCAAUCACGAGACCCAGCUGCGAAGGACUCGGUGACGCGCCCGUUGGGAUUCUUUUAUCCUUUGUGUUGCGAAAGUGUGGACACUUUGACGGCUUGGCAGGUUUUAACUCCAGAAGCACUUUAUGGAAUGGUACACUAAUGGAUCCAGAAUUCACCCGGAGCAGCCGGCCAGCGGCUCCUCACCGCCCUGGUCCUGGCAGCGCGAUCUCUCGGAGCCAGACCACCGGAGAAACAAAUACCCUGCCGCCUCUGGCCAGUGCGCCCCCAAGCGCUCGGGCUCUGGGGUGUUGGGCAGAGCUUCCUCCUCCUCUUCCUUGAAAGACGAGGCCGUGGGGUAAAUGGAAGUUUCGGAGAGGACACAAUAAAACUGAGUUCCAUCUCUCUCACUGAA